ACAAUCGCUUGUCAAAUCCAAAAUUUUAAGUUUUCAUCACUAUUCCUGAGAUACGGUGUAUUGGCUGAGCUGCCAAUGAUAUCGGCUGCGUAUUCCUUUUAAAUUGCAGAUUUUUCAUUAAAACGACAACCUGACGGCGGCAUGCGUCACGCGGACGCAGCCGGCGGUCCAAGUAGUACUAAUUUUAAUUAAAAAUGUGUAAUUUUAAUUCAAUAUGCGGCACCGGACACUGCAGGUAUGGUUGCUACAGCGCCUACUGUGGUGGCCGCUGCUGUGGCUAUCGCCGCUUGGAAAAGCUUCAAUACACUGGGUCGCCCAGGUAUCCUUGCAGGCUCCAAGUGAGAAAGAAUGGAAUAAGGCAUCCCAAAUUAAAUAUGGAGAGACAACAAAGGGCCAGCAGCAGCAGCGAUAGUAGCAAUGCCAGCACAAUCAAAAGACGCUUGACUAUAGAGUCUGUACAGCCGAGUGCCUCGUCGACAAGGGACGCUAACGGCUCUUCGAUGUGCAAUGGGGAUAAUAUUUCUAUUAGCAGCAAAGUAAGAAAUUCGGCUGGCAACAAGUGCCCCGGCCUCUCAAUCAGCUCCCUGAAGACGAACGGGCAAGCAGUAGCUAAGGAAAACAAUUUGGUAAGGGUCAAGAGAGAUAACACCAAGGAUGUAAUUUCAACCAACUGCAGUAAGAUGCGAAAUAGUCUAAUGAUAAAAAAUACACCAAACGCCGGCUCAUUGGAGAAACGUUCUUGCUCCACAUGUACUCAGCUAAAUGCCGCACAAUCCAGCCCCAAAACGACGGCCACACCCAGACCCAGUUGUGCGAGUUCCCGAAUGCGAAGUUGCGUGUCGAUUCGAAGUGGAAUAGAAACUGACCCUAAAGAGCAGGGAGCUGCAGGAGGACAGCAACGAAGGAGCAUUUUAGACGGUGCUAGAGCGACGACAUCUGCAAAGGGAAAGGGCAGCCUAGACAGUUCCAAAACGGCGAACACGCCCAAGUCGCGUUGCACGCAUCCGCUGCAUAGCAGGGAGUCAAUGGCAGCAGCGGCAAGGUCCAGUAGGUUGCGCGCAUCCUCUCUACAACAGCAGCAGAAACUGCAGACAGAGCAGGGAAGGAGACAACAGAGCCAGCAAGGACAGCAGCAGCAGCAACAACGGCAACAGCUCCAAAGGACACAGCCUAAGCGGCUUAGUGUUUCGCGUAAUGGCGCCCAUUCUAGUUGUACGUGCUUCUCAAAUAAGACAAUGUAUCCGCGAGCUCAAAACUCCGAUACGAACCUAAUGCCAGCACGAACUUCUUACGACUUAAGGCAGAAAAUGCAACCAAACGCUAGUCAGACAACAAUUAAGGGACUUGAGUGUCGAUGUUUUCAGGAAACGGAAUCAAAAGACCAGCGCAAUUCCACACCCUGUUAUACCUGCUCCUCCACAAAGACGCUCUUUCGAGCUGAAAUGCCGCAGAGAAAAUGUCUCAGAUCUGACUCGCAACAGCCUACACGGGAUCCCUGCUGCAAUCUCACAUCUAGAAACUCAACUCAACUCAAAUCGUUUCCCAAAAAAGUCUUCUACUACAAUCGCUCCGAUGACGAACUAACGCGUUGUGCUAGAGAAAGGCAGCCCGAAAGGGAUCAGUGCAGUCCAUCUACAUACAACUCUCAGUGUACUCCCUGUAGCCUGAGCCCCAAGCGAUGGUGCGCAUGUGGCAACAGGCAGAAUCAGGAGUCAGUUACUGCUGAGCCAUGUAGCAUUUGUUGCUGUUGCAAUAGGCCCGUGCGCGAAAUCGCAAAGGUGGAGCCGAAGACUUUUAAAAGGGGCUGCAGCUUGUCUUCCGAUCCAAAACCCUUCAACAAUGGCUGCAAGCCAGAAGUUUGUAUUAGAAAAAAAACGAGAAAGGCUGUCGUGCGCAGAGCUCCAUGCAAAGCACCACCUGACCCACAAGAGGGAAACUCUGGAAUCUGGUUCGAGUGUAAUGUGCCGCUGCGCGUGAAUAUGCCAACGUCCAUUUGCAUGGACACAGCGCCCAGCUGCAGCACCAACGUGGCAGCCAGACAGUGUCCAGCGGCAGUUCCGCCGGUAGCAGCCCCCACACCCCGUUUUUGCAUCUCUCUUCAGCCCGGUUUUGGCAACUGUUGCUGCCAAAAUGAGCCACCAGCUCCGGUGUCUGCAUCCAAGCCAAAGCGGAAGCGAGCGCUUGGCCAGAGGAGAGCACAGAAAUCCGCACCGGCCGCGGAUAUGUGUAAUACCGCCGAUAUCGGCAAUGGGUGCAACUGCAAUUCAAUGGAUGGCCUGCCAGUGCGUAAGGUUUUUGAGCGCAAAGUCUAUUGUCUGGACAAUAGCAUCGUCAGCGAGAAAGUUGCCUUCGACUGCAAAGGACAGUUCGGUCUGAAUGAGACCUCGGGCAGUGUGCCUUACCCCAACGGCAAGACACCGUGCAGUUGUGUGGAGCUGCACAAGCGUCCUUCCUUGCCAGCUGGCAGUAAACGAUUGCAAUCAAGUUCCUGGCGAACGUUGGGCAGCAAGUGUUGUCCACCUAAGCGACCGCAGCUGUGUCGAAAAUUCUCUGAGAAAUCUACGAACGUACGGACAAGCUGUAACAAAUUCGCCGGUUCUUCCGGCCAAACCCCACGGGGAAUUGGCCCAACGGCAAAUUCGAGUAAUAUGCAACCCCGUCUCACAUCCAAGCCAAAGAUUACACCCAGCGUCUGUGCAAGUCCAGAAAAUAUGAGUAGCUUCAACUGUUUUCAUAGUCAAGCGCCGGCUUUCAAUCGAUGUGCCACACAAGUAAACAGGCCGUGCAUGAGUAGAAUGCAGCAGUGGCGACCGUCAUGUUGCAAGUGUUGCAGACUCAGAAAUUGUAGAUGCAACCGUACCUGUUGUCCAAGAAUGCGGGGUGCUGUGCAUACAGCGGCUUUUAAAGCAAUGCACGUGGUGCAUGGAGCGGCCAUGAUGAGACCCAUGGUGCCUGCUAUGAGCAACUUGCGGCGCAUGUGUGUGGCAGGAAAAUCCGCUAACACUGCAACGGAGUCCAAAGAAGGUGGCAGCAGUGCAGCGGCUGCAAAAAGCCUUGUUUCGUUGAGAGCAGGAAAAAAGGGAAGUGCCAUAUCCAAGAGAUCACUGCAGUGUACGUCUAUGUCGAAGGUCGGGCGGAGCAUUAACACUAUGAAACAGUCCUUGGCACAGCUGGCGAUUUUGAAUAAGGAGCAAGCCGAUAUGAGUAAUUCAAUUAAGCCAAAGCCUAGCACAUCCAAUAGCAAGGCAAUGAAAGCCAAAGGCAAACCAUCUUCAACCGACAUAAAGCAAAAUGCCUCCAAGUCCAACAUUCGGGUUCUAAAAAAAGCUUCUUCAAAGCAGAGUCAAAACACACAGCCACCGAUGAGCACUGUGUCUAGCUAUGUGGCCGAUUCGACUGCGAAAAACAGCAAUAGAAUGCAGAAGGCGCCAGAAGAGUGGUCCCGGGGCUCCAGCACAGUGCAGCAAAGGGAGAAAGAGGGGACCAAAAGCUCAGAAGGUGUCUGCGGCUGCAACUUCACUAUGGCAGGGACUAACAUAGACCCAACUCAGAUGGGAACUAAAAGCAACAUGGACCCGCGAAAUAUGCAGUCAAUGCCCCCGAAUAAACGUGAGUCACAGCAGCAACAAGCGCAACCUGAUACAGGGUCGAUGAACUCAAACGCGCCACAGCUGACAGCUAGAAAAAGUAGGCAGCCACCAAAUGCUAUAGCCCGAGAUCGGGAUAGCAGCACCAAGCCGCAACCGUCCUUGAAUACCGAGAGCUGUCUGCCGAAUUGCAGUUGUAUGACGAACCCAACUAAAACAUGGCCAACUGAAAGCAGAAUGGCACCACAGAAUCCAUUUGGAAAGCCACCCACUUUUUCUGGGAUCAAUUUAAAUGGUAUUCAAAUAUCAGAUCGCAACACCACAGCAUCACAGGGUGGUUUUGAUAGGCCAUCAAACGGAAACUGGCGAAAUGCUGAGCAAACACACCCAUCGGCAAACACUUGCGAUUUCAGAUGUGAAGGAAUGAAUUCGUACCAGACUCAGAUACCAUUUGGAUACAAUAAUGCGUCCCAGAACCGAUUUGAAAGGGAGCCACCGAACAUGUGGUCUGGUAGAGGCAGGUCACAAAACGAAGACGGCCAAGGCAACAAUAACUUUGGAGGACAAGCAGCGAACACGUGGCCAUCAAGAGACUGGCAAGGGACUGUCGAGCAAAGACAGUCGUCGCCUGAAUAUAAAGAUUGCACAAGCGAGGGCAGCUAUUCAAUAAGCGCUGCUAAAAGGAAUGUUAACCCGAAUCAGAUGCAAACAGGAAAUAUGGCUCCACAGGGUCGGGCUAGGAGCGAGUCUCCAAAUACGCGGUCAGCUAGAGAAUGGCAGCCGCCAGCUGGGAAUGAAGACGAAUGCGAAUGUGAUUGCACUUGCAAGCCUGGCCAGAUGCCAACCUCAAACAACAUGGCACCACGGAAUGACUUUGAAAGAGACGCUCCAAAUGAGUGGCCAGCUAUAGGUUGGCAGAACGGGAAUGAAGUACAGCCAUCAGAAUACCGGGGAGAUUGGGAAACCGACGGCAGCUGCCUUACAGACGAUGGUAGAAUGUAUUUGAACCCAAAUCGGGCGACAAGGGGAAACAAUAUAGCUCCACAGGAGCGGUUUGAUAGACAGUUGCCAAACGUAGACUCAAAUAGAGACUGGCAAAGGGACCAAAAACCCAAUACCUCAGGAAUGGGCUAUAGUACUGGACAAAAUAUGGCACCGCACCGCGGUCAGAAUUGGGGAAACGAUAACCCAUAUUCAGGAGCAGAUUAUAGGGAACCAGUACGCAAUCAGCGACAAGCUAAUGCAAAAGCAAAUCAGGCGAAACAAACGCCAAUGCAACAGGCAGCUUGCAGCAGCAAUUGCAAGUGCAGUGCCGAGGAAGAAGAACCACAGUUACAGGAGAAGAUUGCUGGACUAUUUCAGUCUGCAUUUAAGGGAGCAAAACGAUUAUCAGAACAGGUUUCGAAAGGCUUGGCCCUACCAGAGAAGAAUCAAAACAGAUGGCAGAGAUCACCUUCGCAAUUUAGGACUUGUCCCACCGACUGCAACUGCUAUCCAGGGGAUAACUAUGGCGAAUAUUCUGCACACAGUAUGAACAACGGUGCUGGACGUGGGCCCGAAGAUAUGGAUCAGUCACAGCUUUCGUAUCCGCUAGAAGAGACAUGUAAUGAUUGUCAAUGCGACUCGAACUGGAACUUAGAUGAAUCUCAGUGGCAACAAGACCUCCAAUUUCGACCGCAGCCCACAGAACAGUUUAGGCAUGGAAAUUUCGCAGCACCAUCGUUAGAAGAAGAACCACUUCCAAAACAAGACUCAUACGAUAUGCCACAUGUGCCACGCAAUACUAGGGUGACGCAAGAAAGCGAUUCGUCUAUGUUCAUGGAUGACGAUAUGCAGCAGAGGGAUGGCCGAGUACAAGAGAGUGUGCCGCAGCGGGCACAGACCGACAGUCAAUUGGCGACCAACUCUCAAAAUGAAAUAUUGUCCGAAACAAACUUAGGCCCCUCAUCUUCAGCGAUGCAUAAAAAUUCAACAGACCCGUCCCCUGAUAAUAGAGUAAGAAGACCUCAGCUACAGAUGAGUCGGGUUGGUCCAAAUGCUGCGAUGCCUAAAUUGGCGCCACAACACGAACCGCACCGAGUAAGCUGGACUCCCAAACUGCCAACGAACCGCGGUAGCCAAACGGAAGAAACUUUAAGUAUUGCUACUCACCCGGAGGGACCCAAAGCCACAACACAAAGAUCAACUUCGCAGGGUGAUAAAAGGAAUGAGGGAGCGCUAAAGCAACAACCCACUGCGUCCACUGGAAGAUCGGGAACCGGCAACAGACAGGGCGCUGCCCAACGCUCAACAUCAAAAGGUGAUACGAGAGCACAGAAACGCCCCAGUGGCCGAAACGUGGCGUCUUCCGAUGCCAAAACACGGGCUGGCAAAAAAACCGGUAAAAAAGUCAGCACGUUCCUCAUACCAGAGCUAAACUCGGACAUGAAUUGCAACCGACGGUGUCCAGCGCUGAUGUCACAGCCCAAGUUCAUACCACUAAGUGAACGGACUCUGGGCUCCAAGGCGGCAGAUAGGCCACGUCUGAGAUAUAAGCACGCCGAUGAUGAUGUGGAAGUAUACGUUAUUAAGGAAAGCAAAUGUGACUGCAGUGAAAGGAACAGUUUCGAUCAACGAAUCGAUAGAGAGCUGGAACGUAGCGAUAUGGCGGAUUUCGGACGAUGCAUGGGUCAACGUUUCAGACGAGACACAUGUGUAGUCAAUGAAUUUAUACAAGAUCCAUGCACCACCCAUGAGCUGCAAAAGGGGGGCAGCGAUCUACAGAAUCGCACCUCACCAGAAACGUCAACUGACUCCUGCGAUUGCAGCUCACCCGAACAGAGUGUGGCCGAACGGGACAACGACAGUAUACAACUUGUUAGUUUGAACGCGAAUGAGUCGAAAAGCUUUUGUAGUUGCUUCCUUACGGAUUUGGAGGGCUAUUGCACGGAACCAAGCAACGACAACAACUGCGGCUUGGACAAACAACCUGUGGUGCUGGUACCGUUUCGGGUCAACUGUGAUCUGAAAGAGAUAAAUGGAAUAUGCAAUAGUCGAAAGGUAGCCAUAUGUGAUCCAGCAUGCUCCACAAAGACACGGGCGCAGGAGAAGGCGAGAGGGGGCAAUGCAUCCAAAUCUCAGCCCCAACGACCAUCUUCGGCUCGACCAAAGUACCCCACUACUGUGGAACAAACGGAUACGCUGAUGUUGCUGCAACCGCGUAAUAUGAAGAGUGAGGUGAGUGUCAAGGCACCCGACUAUGCUCUCGGCCAGAAUGAUGCACUGCAGCCAGGCAUAGAGAAGACGUUGUUAAUUGAAACGACCACCACAUGCGAUAUGAAUAAUUAUCUGCAAGCGUGCGCGGGAACCAAUUUCUCUCAAAUGCCGUAUGCGAAUAUGGAAAAUAUUCCAAAUAUGGAACAACAACAGCUUCUGCAACAGUACCAGCCAACAGACGAACAGCAAAAGCAAUCCUAUUCCGAAAUGGACCAACAACAGUUGCAGGAACAGAUGCUGAACAGCUGCUCUGAAUGCAACUACUGGCUGGAUCCCAGAGCACCCUUGCCAGGAUCACAGUCCAUGGCACUGCCGUAUCCACAAUCGCAGGUAUAUUCUCAGCAACAGAGUGCCAUUUGCUGCGCCACUGGCGGUAAUUUCAAUCCCCAUAUAUCUAUGGCACAAUCGAAUUUGCAAAAUACUCGUAUACCCAUCGACUUCUAUCAACGCACCGUGACUAAGUAUGGAAUCGAGCCCAUGGACUCGUACUUCCACCAAGGAUGCCAGUUUAAUCCGCGGCAGUUCAAUACGAAUAACAAUGUGUACAGUCCAUAUGAUAUGCAAUCAUCUGGUACUACUUCUAUCUGCGGCAUCUCUGGUAUGCCGUGUCCAUAUAUGCAGCAACAGCAGCAGCCGCAUCAGCAGCAACAACAGCAGCAGCGUGGGCAAGAGAACCAGCAUCAGCAGCAGCAGCAGCAGCAACAGGUGCAGCAGCAACAGACCUCCGAUGAUGUUCCAAGUUGCUCCUCCCAUAGCAUGUGUGGUAUACGUGGCCAGACAUGUCCAUGCAUGCAGCAACAACCAAACGACCAACAUAUGUGUGGUAUGAAUCCGACUUGCGACGGUUUUAAUUCAUACAAGAGAUCAUAGGUUUAUAGUACAUACUAGUCUUAAAAUACGAUCUUUGAGAUUAUACCUGAGGAGCGAAAUGUAUCAAUAAAGAUUUUUUAAACAUUUUAA